AUGGCAGCGGUAUCUAUUUACGGACUCAUUGAAGGGCAUUUACUCCACGUGAAAAAUAUUACAAUUAAAUCAGACAAAUUCGACAGACCUUUCAAGUUUGUCCACACCAGUGACAUCCACAUUGGUUCAAGAUUUUUGAGUCACGCCGAAAAGAUCGUGAAGCUCAUUUUAAAGGAAAAGCCCCAAUUUGUUGUCAUCACCGGUGACCUGACAGACUCUCCAAAUGUACAAGAAUACGAAUUGCUCCCAUUCAAGAAACUGAGCGAAAAAUGCCCGAUCUAUAUGUGUAUGGGCAAUCACGACUACGUCACUAGCAAAACAAAAGUCGAGGAAAUCACGGGCGUGCAAAAUACAUUUACUGAUCAACGAAGUGUGUAUGGUCGACAAAUAUAA